AUGUUGAGUGAGUCCCUCGCGAGCAAGGAAGUCGUCACUCUCGACUGCAGCAUUCGAGUGGACCUGACGAGGCAGUCCGUUCGAGGCGUCGUCCAGCUGCCUCAUGGGCUUCAGACUGAGAUACGAGUCCUGGCCCUUUGUCCUGACUACAUGGCCAGUGAGAUGCUGGAAGCCGGGGCAGAUUACGCUGGUCUCAGUGAGCCACUAAACAAAAUUGAACGUGGCUGGCUUCCGUUCGAUAAAGUCAUCGCUCUUCCGCAGGUUAUCCCGCAGGUUGUCAAAUUGGCUAAGAUUUUGGGUCCGAAGAGACUCAUGCCGAACGCCCGUAACGGUACUGUCGUCCAGAAUUUGAAGCAGGCUGUGAUUGACGCAAAGUCGGGCAGUCAAGUGGAGUAUCGUGCCGAAGGAGAGGGCCACAUCCGAGUGGACCUCGGAAAGACUAACAUGUCCAAUGACCAGAUCCUGGAGAACAUGCGAUUCUUCGUACGGACUAGAUCGUUCAGCCUUCUCGUGGGGUAUGUGAUACGGCAGAUUAAAGAGCUCCUUCGGAACAGGCCGAAGGAGGCAGGUGAUAAUGCGGCCGUCGUCCGGAAGACAGGAGAAUUGGCGAAGCUCACUACCAUGUUGCCGAAGUUGAUGGGAGGGAUAUCCUCUUUAUCAGGCGGCGGCGAUGAAAGGGCACGAGUAUUGGACCUGCCGUACUUCAAGGCUGCAUCCAUAAGCUGUCCGAAUGCCCCUAGGAUACAUAUUGAGACAGAGAGCAUGAUGCCGUCAAGCGCUGGCUACUUCCGAUAG